GCUCAGCUCCCCAAUCCCACUUCGUUUAUCAAGUGCCAGUUCAACCUAAGCGGAACCGACAACAAAAUGAAGGUUUUCAUCUGCCUGAUUGCCUGCGUCAGCCUGGCCCAAUCCGGAUUCAUCGGAGGUGGCGGUAGCGGUGGCUGGUCCUCUGGAGGAUCUAGCGGUUGGUCUUCCAGCAGUCCGCCCACCAUCGUCAAGGUCAUCAGCGAGGAGGCGCCGGCCCCCGGUUGGUCUGGUGGCUGGUCCGGUGGUCACGGCCAUGGCGCCGAGGAGCUGAAGAUCAUCAAGGUGAUCAGCGAGGGCGGUCACUCCCACGGUCACGACCACGGACAUGAUCACGGCCACAGUCAUGGCUCGGAGGUCAAGAUCAUCAAGGUCAUCCAGGAGGAGGACCAUCAUGGCCAUGGCCAUGGUCACGGAUACGACUACUCCAGCGGCGGAGGUCACCACGGAGGUCACCAGGCCGAGGAGGUCAAGAUCAUCAAGCUGAUCAGCUCCGGAGUCGCCGAUGGCGGAUGGUCUGCCGGCGGAUCCGGCGGCGGUUGGUCCUCCGGCGGUGGCUGGUCUUCCGGCGGCUGGAACUAAGAUCCCAGAGCCCAGAGCCCAGAUCCCAGGAAACUGAUCCCUAGCAAUCCAGUGCGUUGAUGUCAACUCUUUUGUUCCUGUUGUUCGAGUUGGUCGGCGAUAUUGGCUCCUUUGAUGCUACGAAGUUAUGUUUAAGAUAGAGCACGCUUUUUGUGCGUGCGCUUAGGAACCAUUUUUUUUGUUAAUUGUUUAUGAAAUG